AUGAAACAGGUUUCCCAGGUAUCUAAUGUUGAUUUCACUAAUCUAAGGAGAAUGUCUACUAGCAACUCUCAUGUUUCGGAGAGCAGCAACAAUACUAUGAAGAACAAUUCUUUAGCCAAAUUGUUUUCAAAAAAUAAGUCUUCAACAACGAUACAGCCCGACCAGUUUAGCAGUAAUGAACGGUCAGAAGUUUCUUCUGAAAAAGAAGUUUCAACAGAUGAAACGGCAAAAGUAGUGGGUUCCCGGAAAAGCAGAAAGAUGCCCAGACUAAAGCUUUCAAGUAAGAAAACACAUACAAGCACGCCAACCUCUGAUCACACAACAGCCAAUGAAACAGACAAUGCUGCUUUUAAUUACACAAUAACCACAACAACAACAGCAGCAACACCACCACCACCACCAACAACAACAACAACAACAACCACAAGCACCCUGAGUACGAAAACCAGAAAAAUGUCAAUAGGCUCUUCUGUGACGAGCUUUCACAACUUGUUCCACAAACCACUCACGAGUUCGCUGUCUACGAAAAAUGAAGAUAAGAUUCGUACCGACAGUCUGCACACUUCACCUUCAAAGAGUGCAGUUGGAUUGUCGUCGAACAACUCAAACUCCAUGAUAACUGAUCCAACUCUUGCAAGUAUGUUCAGGUUCACCAAUGCCAAUCACUCGAUAGAGGAAAACGAAGGUACAUUUGAUCAUGGAACCCUACUUGAAUUGCAACGGAAAAUGUUUACACCGGCAGACCUGUAUAUUCAACACAAGAUAAACAAAUAUCAUCAGCAAGAUAUUGGAUUGGGUAUAACAAAUGAGCAUGACAUGACAAACGAUACGGAGCCAGACACAGCAGACCAAAUCAGAUUUAUUAAGUUUCACCAAAGGUUAUCCGAUACCUUACGGCCGUUAUUUAUCCCACAGCAUAAAAGUGAUGGAAACUGGGUGCCAUCCACCAGGAUUCUUGGUGAAUCUGUUGAAGAUCUUGGAAUGGCAAUAAAGGAAAGCUUUUUGGAUGCAGCAUCUCAAGCAAAGAAAGUUGGCACAAUUAGCAAACAGCACAAGCCCCGAGGGAAAAUAUCAAAAUCUGGAAUAAAGAGUCAUCCGCAACCUAUUCAAAUUACAAAUGAAACAAAUCAUAUAGUUUCUAAUCAAUAUCAUGUGCAACCCUUUCAUUUGAUACAACAAUAUUACGUCCAUUCUUACGAAACAGAAUUGCCACAACGAAUCAACUAA